AUGUCUGCUUUAAAGUUUGUCAAUUCUGUAUGGCAAUCCUUCCGGGCUACGUCCGGGUUAGAGCCGAGGCUUCUAGAUGGUCUGAGAGUGACCGCUGCUCGCCCUGGCGUUGUGAAUUUCGAGCUUGACAUUCAGAAAGAGCAUACGAACAGAUUAAAUAUCCUCCAUGGCGGAACCAUUGCUAGUAUGGUUGAUCUGGGCGGAUCACUAGCAGUUGCCUCUCGAGGGCUCUUUGCUACCGGUGUUUCAACAGAUCUAAAUGUCACCUACUUGAGUUCUGGGGGAAAAGUGGGAGACAAGAUCAGAGCUGAGGUUUCAUGUGAUAAGUUUGGAAAAACACUUGCAUAUACCUCCAUCAAAUUCUUGAAUAGCAAAGAUGAAGUAUUCGCCCGUGGCAGUCAUACAAAAUUCGUUGCCCUUGCUUUUAAAGAUCCUCAGAACAUCGUGGAUGAGCUCAAGCCAUCCAAGGAAUCUUCGUGA